CUCGUGUCACAUGACCACGCUCCCAAAUGGCGACCGAUUUGUGUUAGUUUGUUGUGUUGUAAUUUGAAUAUCCGAUGAGAUCGUAGUUUACCUGACAGGAUCUUCUACACCGCAAUUAUGAGCUAAAACUACGCUCUUAUCAUUAACCUAUUACUAAAGAUUAUCCAAUAUUACAUAUUAUUUUGAGUUACACUACAAGACACAAUGAAAACGCGGCAAAAAUGUUAAACGUAACACACCAACUUAAAAAGAAGUUAUUCUUGUCAGACUUGGACGAAAAGAGUUCCUCGAGUCCACAUGAUGAGAAAAAGCCCGGUGAUGGCCGUGAAGUACGCGAGGAAAAGUCCAAACGAAAAGCGCUCCCGGCAUUGCCCUCCCCAGCAGAGGAAAAAUCCAUGAACUUGUCGAUUGCAAGACAGCGUUCUCCUUCAGGGUCCAGCCCAGAGCAAGUAAAAGCUUACGGCCCGUUUUUCCUCGAAUACACUCUGAUGGCGGAAUAUAACCAGCUGAGAAGUCAGAGAUUACCGGGUGUGUAUGUCCUACCAGCGGCCAAGUCAGCUCUUGUAUGGUAUGGGGUAAUUUUCAUCCGUAUGGGUUUGUACCAAGAUGGCAUCUUCAAGUUUCAGAUGACUAUCCCAGAGAACUUCCCAGAUGGUGACUGCCCCACUCUAGUGUUUAAGCCUACCAUAUUUCACCCUGUGGUUAACAUAGAAACUGGGGAGCUAGAUGUUCGGCGGGCAUUCCCUAGAUGGAGGAGAAAUAUCAAUCAUCUUUGGCAAGUUUUAUUGUAUGCAAAAAGAAUAUUCUACAAGAUAGAUUCAAGGGACCCUCUUAACCCAGAAGCUGCAGAAAUGUAUCAAAAUGACAAAGAUCGCUACAAGCAGAAAGUGAAUGAAUGCUUGCGGAGAUGCCAUAAUGAAUUGCAUCUGGCUGUGGCUGAUGACCCUCAUGCUAUCAAGUUUGUGGAGUUAACUCCAGAGAAACAAGAUGAUGUGAAGAACCAAAUCAUUGAAAGCCAGAGCAAACCUGAGUGUCUUCCAACAGCGAACGCACACAAAUCUGGCCUCUCGUGGAUGAAAAAGGGAGGUGCCAUCUUUUCAAAAGAAGAGAGUUAACAAAUUACUAGACAUUCUAGUUUUAUUUUUACUACAUUGCACUUUUAAAUAUUGAAAUCCAGGAAUAUUCCUGGAGAAUCUUACGCAACCUGUUCUCAGACGGGUUUUUGCCCCUGGGGCCGGUGUUGGGGUGAAUUUACCUUCCUUCUGCAUUUUAAUCUCCUGAUUAAAACAAUUUCCUUUAUUUCUUUGGAGGUUGACUCAGAGGCAACUAUUUAAUUUCUCAUGAGUGGGAUGGGUAACCUACGACAAAGGGUAUCACAACCCCAAAAAGGCUUGACAAAUGAAUAGUGGAUGGUAUCCUAUAUCUCCUAGCAUGAUCAAAAUUCACUAACACUUUUGCACCCUGGGCAGGGUCUUGGUUGUUCCAGGAAGAAUUGUUGGAGAAAACUAAGUUCUGGGUAUCUGUCAUGUAGUCUAGUGAAAGCCUCUUUAUGCCAUUUGUAACUAUCUAUUUUCAACUAUCUCAAUCUUUUGUAAAGUCGAUUUCAUAAAUAAGUAUAAUGGUAGUAACAUUUAUUUUUUUAAAUUAUUUCUUUUAUUAAAGCGUGUUCUUUCA